UUUGUUAUCCGAACAAUCAAAGAACGUGGCAAAAAUUGAAAUGCAAAAGUUUGAAACCAAAAGCAAAAAUAAAUGCGUUUUUAAACCGGUAUUUUUCAUAAAUUACCGGCGAGAGCAGCGCGGCGUUCCGUUGUAAAGCUAGCUUAAUGUUGGAGAGUCUUUUGAGAAUUUAUAAAAGGGUUAAAAAGCGUUUUUAAACGGUUUUGAAUCAUGGACAUUGGCGAGCGAACUCCAGCAGAAGGCAUUGAAGGCGAUAAGAGUCCUGACCAAGCUAAUGCUGCUCUUGGCGCUUCAGGAACGAGUUGGUCUCCGAACGAAGAGUAUGUCAAAGCUUUAAUAGAAAUGGGAGUGUCUCGGAAUGCUGCAGAAAAGGGUCUGUAUUACACUGGUAAUGUCUCGGCCGAAAUUGCAGCGGAAUGGGUGUUUGAAAAUAUAGAUCAUCCAGAAUUAAACGAUCCAUUUCAGGUUGAUCAUAGCCUGAGUGGUUUCACAACAGUAAGGCCAGACAUUCAAUCCUCGCAUAGAAUGGUGUUUGUCGUGAACAGCAGCCUGAAAAUGGGUGUGGGUAAAGUUGGCGCACAAGUUGGUCAUGCUGCCAUUGGAUUGUAUAGAGAACUUUUGGAAUUAAGGGGGCAGAUUGCCCCAAUGUUGGCCCAAUGGGGUGAAGAUGGAGAAACAAAAGUUGUGGUAAAAGCAGAAAGUACACAGGCUGUAAUGGAUAUUGAAAACCAAGCUAUGAGCAAAGGGCUGCCAACAUUUUUGGUGACCGAUGCAGGCAUGACGCAGGUUGCACCAGGCUCGGUGACUGUUCUUGGAUUAUUUGGAGAAAAAUCAGUUUUGGGCAACAUCGUAGGACACCUGAAACUCUUGUAAUAAUACAGCAUGUUUGAUGCACCGAAUGACCACAUUGGGACAAAGCUAUGGCUGACACUUUUUCACACGAAAGAAAAAUGAUUAAAUGAAUGAAAAACUAGCAAUAAGUUUUCCCAAUGAUUAAUGAGUGAAUAUGGAACUUGCUCUGUCUGCAAACAAGGCUUUUAUCCUAAAAUUUUGGCACAGCUAAUGUGAAAAUGUGCCUGGUUAAUGUGAAAAUUGAUUCUGGCAAUGAUUUUCAUUAAAAAUUAAAAAAGAAAAGAGGCUAUUUUGACAAAAGCAACAUGGAUGCUGACCUUUAAAGAAUAAAUGUUUAUCAAUGGAAAGUACUGGUGACAGCUCAAUAUUAUUAUGGUUUUUGUUUGGUAAUGCACUCAAUGGAGUGAAUUUGACCAAACUGUGAUUUGAUUUAGACCUGCAUUUUGAGGGCUACAAGUUAAACAGUUUAUCAGAUACGGUGUAUGUAGCAGUGCCUUUAUGGUCGUGGCAAUCGACGAAAGUUUUUGGAAGUUUGUUUUUGAGGAACGAAGGACUUCAACAACAAAAUGUUUUCUCCCACACACUGGCUGAAGAAACUGAAAAUGGAGCCUUUGUCUCAGCCCUGAAAAAAGAAUCCUCACAUUUUCUCUGCACUUGAAACGUUUCCGAAAUGCAGAGAAGUGAUCGAGUGUUGCGCUGGCUACGGAAUACACUUCGUCCCAACAGGACAGAAUGAAGCAUGUACUGAGGUUUUUUAAAACGGUGCAUAAAAAAUUGAAAGCAAAAUCGAAUUCAACACCAUGAUGAAAUGGUGUGUCUUCGUACCGAUGAAUAUAAAACGAAUGUUUUUCCGGAGGGUAGAACUCAUUUCAGGUUGUAAACUUGUGGCCCUUAAAAUAGAGUAUCUCCUCAAAAAAGAAAAGAUUUAUCUCACUUGUUAAGCCAAGUGUUUUGUAAAUCACGUCCCAUGACAGUAUGAAACAAUUACAGAGAUUUCUGGACUAUAGAAAAUCGAAAAACACCAUCGAAUUCAGUCAAUUCA